AAACUCGUUUUGACAGAUUCACAAGUUGCAACUGACGUUUUCAUGGCAGAAGAAGUGAACCAAGAUAUUGCCCCAACUGAAAAAGCGCUAUCCAAUACAGGUAACAUCCAAGAUUUUGUAGGCUCCAGGAGCUCAGACAACUCAAUCCCUAUUCCCUACAAAGAACUCGAUGGUUUCCACCCGACGACUCUGACUGAGGAAGAAAUAGCUGCAGAGGUAUGUCAUCUGGCAGGAGACCCUAUGUACUGCAAGAUCAUCAAAUCUGCGCUGAGGAUGGAGAACCAAGCCAACAUCAAGAAGAAGUCCCAGGUGGAUCUAGCUUCGUUGCCCACCAAACAGUAUCUAGACCACACGGUGGUUCCGAUUCUGAUGACUGGAUUGGCUGCCCUUGCUAAAGAAAGACCUCCAGAUCCCAUUCUGGCUCUAGCAGCGUUCCUCUUAAAGCACAAGGAGGCCUACGAAAUGAAAAGUGAUGAAUUGACGAAGGAGAAAACUGAGAAAAGUGGUGGUGAUGGAAUAAAAAAUGUGAAUUAAUUAAUUAUAAAGUACUGUUAUA